UUUUCAUCGCGAAAGAUCCAUCAUUAAUUGAAUUUUACUCUGUAAUAUUUUAUCUGAUUGGUUCAGUAUGUGUCACAUGGUUAUUAUUGUUAUGGGACAUAUGUAAUGAUUAGCUACUUUAAUAAAUGAAUACAGUAGAUCAUUUAGUUGAAAUGUCCAUGGUGACAUUUAGAGAUAUUUAAUUCGUUAGUUUUUUAUAGGUGUAGGAUUUUACAUUAAGAUUUUAGAGGGGUUACAAAAAAAUGGCAUCAGGAGUGCUUAUGGCCACAAAUAUAUCAUCAAAACAACAAAAAGAACGUAAAUUUCUAAAAAAGAGUGCAUCAUUAGAUGAUAUGAUAGAUGAAAAGAAAGUAAAGGAAAAAUCGAUGGAGUCAAAAUCAAAAUCAAGUAAGAGUGAAUCUGAGGAGAGUACUUUGAAGGAUAAAAAACAUAAAAGUAGUACCAAGAAACCUAAUUCUGCUAUGACUGCAAGAGGAACAGUAAAGUUAAAAGAUGAAAAACGCUCAAAGUUUAGUUUUAGUUUAUUCGGUGGAUUAACUUUUAGUAAGCCUAAGGUAAAACAGAGAACAGUUUUGAGCCCUGCAGUGACCAGAAAAACAAAUGAUGUCAUAAACACACUUGGAAAUUCAAAAAGUAAUCCAAAACAAAAAGGGACAAGAACUCGAUCUAAAUCCAAAGAUCGUGGUUCAAUAAUUGAAUCUCAUACUUCUGGUACAUCUAGCCGCUCACAUACAAAACCCAGAGAACGCACAGCAUUAGGUACCUAUAAGGAAAAGAUCAAAACCAGAGAGAACUCAAAGGAGAGGAGUAAACAUGGUGUUAAUGGGAAUAAAAGUCCCAGUAUUUCAUGCUACCAGGGUAAAAGGUCCCAUAUGCCUUUACCACCCAUUCCACAAUUACCCGAAGUGUUAGAGGAAGAUUCUGAGGAGUUUCAUUCUGCCCUAGGGCUAGCUUUAGGUAGAUUUUGUUUCAUUUUUUGGCAUGGGACCUAAACUUUUGAAUAUGUAGAAUCUCUCAUAGAUGUUGUUGGCAUGGGAUUAAAUUGUUAUAUCAAAGUUGUUUGAUUGUAACUUGCUCAAUUUGUCCUUCAGGGUACAAUUUCUAUAUUGCUGUGAGGAUUUGAGCAAAAAUAAUCUGGAAAUGUUGCAUGGGGAUUAUUGGUAGAUAGCUAGCUAUUGAGUAAUGUUAUGCCAGAUCAAUGUUUAGCCGUCAACCUUGCCAAAAUAUCUGAAUAAUUACAGUUUAUAUAUUCAUCAUAGGGAUAUAUGCCUUAAUUCAUAUAUUAUAUUUAUCUGGAUACCUACUGCCCAUUUUACCAAUAAAUGACUGAAUUAUGAUGGUUUUCCAC